AUGGAUGAAACACCAAUAGACAUAUGGACAUACGGGAGGACCGAGGUAACUAGAAUACGGAAUAUGAAACAACAAAACACAAAUCAAACAUAUAUACUCAAUGCAUGGGAUGAUAUCAGGACAAAGCGACAAGAGAAACAUGGAAAUAUAUACAGGGAAAUGACACUAGGUCUUGCCAUGCAUAUUUUCAUGGAAGAAAAAGAACAAUCAGUCACACCGGAUACUAAAUCCAAUAUCGCAUCAUUUCUUGGACUGCUAACUAAACAACCUCCAGAAGAAGACACAUCUACAGAAACGGGAGAUACCAUGCUAUGGGCCCAAUGUCAUCUCACAUUAGAUGAUAUAUGCGACGAGAAUGAGACAUUUGAGCCGUAUAUGAACUUAUUGUGCGAAGAUAAAAAAGAAGCACCAGGGAAUGAAAGUGACAAUACAGCACCAAAUCUAGGCGACGUAGCACCUACAAGUUACUACGUCCAUGUAUUGAACAAUAUAGACAAGAAUAUAAUUAAAAGAAUGGCUGCGGAUUUCGUGAGAGCAACGAUGAUAACAUACACCAACGAAGCACAAAAAACUAUUGAACAAAUAUUGUGGAACAGAGAAUGCUUAUUGGUCAAUGAAAUCGACGAAAUGUUUUACGAUAUAACGGAAAUCGGGGGAAAGAUACAACAGGGUAUCAAGAAAAUGAUUGUACUCAUUAUGAACGCCUUCUACAACCUUGCUACUGUCGCACUAGAUCAUAUGAAAUUAAUCACAAACGAAAUUAGAACAGAAACUGUAGAAAAUGUCUGGGAAAUGAUCGAACAGUGGGAAAUACAACUCAAUAUAUUCAUCAUGCAUAACAAAUAUAAGCUUACGGAUAUCAUGGAGCCCCUUCAUUACGAUUUGAUUUCGGAAACUAUACAAAAAUACAAAGAUGCGCUUCCAAAAGACGAACAUAGGCAUACAACUGUUAACGAUCCCGACGGGCUUCAUGCCCAAAGAGUACAUCUCACACUCUAUAUAGAAACAGACCUCGGAUGUGAAAAGGUUCUUUGCAAAUAUGGGACGCUAUCCACCAAAAGGUGGUUCGCUGAAAGAGAAAAUGAAUACUUCCACCCCGAAAAGUUAGGUGAUGAGGAUAAUGCUGAUACUGAUACUACUGAUGAUGAGGCUAGUAUUGCUGUUGCUGAUGCCGAUAGUACUGAUACAGAUAGUACUGAUACAGAUAGUACUGAUGCUGAUAGCGCUGGUCAUGGCAAUGCUGAUGAUGAGGCUAGUAUUGCUGUUGCGGAUGCUGAUGCUGUUACUGAUAGUGCUGAUGUUACUGAUCCGCAUCAUGUUGAUGAUAAUGAUAGCAAGAGUGAUGAUUACUACGACACUCUCGUUGACUAA